AGUGCAAACAAAAAAGUCCUGAGAACAUCUUUCCAGGACACACCAGGUUUCAUCGUAAAUCGUCUUCUGGUUCCUUAUUUGCUCGACAGCAUUCGGAUGCUGGAACGAGGAGACGCCACCAAGGAGGACAUCGACGCCGCGCUCCGUUAUGGCACGUCUUGUCCAAUGGGUCCGUUGACAUUAUGCGACUAUGUUGGCCUUGAUACGCUCUCCAACGUGAUGACAGUGUGGCGAGAAUCAAUGCCGGAUGAUACACGUUUCGCUCCAAUUCCUCUUCUGGAUCGACUCGUCCACGAAGGAAAACUCGGCCGAAAGACCAGAGAGGGUUUUUAUAAAUAUUGA